UAUCUCUGAGCGCGGGCACAAAGUGGAGAGGGUGGAGCCUCCCAUCCUCAAAUCUGAAAAGAAUUGAGAGAUUUGGAAAAGCCCAGAUGUGCCAGAGGUCAGAGGGAUCAAUACACGGGCCCUAACUACGAACAGGGGAGGGAAGGUUCCAAUAGAAAAGCGCUGCAGAAGAGAAGCCACCGAGAGGAGCAAACGUGGAUUUGACGGAAGCUCUCUUCCCCCGCCCCCACUUCCAUUCCCUGCAAUUUAAUACCAUCCUCGCCAGGAACCUUAACCUUGUCAUUUUAAAAAAUGAGAGAUCCGUGACCCGGGGUGAAGUUGUUGAGUGUAGGUACAGCAGAGGAAAUUCUAGACUCUAUGCGCGUCCGAGCCUUGUCCAGCGCAAGGCCUUCGUGACCACUGAUGGGCGCGUGGCCACCUGCGCGGGUCACCCGCCUUGUCCUCGGUCGCCGUGCUCCGGUCGCGCAGGGCCGGGCGUCCCGGCCUUCCCCUGCUGACUCGUCUAGCUCGCUCUCUUGGGGCUGUGGCCCUCCCCACCCACUCCGCCUCGCUCACCCCAGUUUUCCAGAUUUCUCUUCGGCUCAUCCUCCAAUCCGCACCCCGCCCACCAUCGGGUCCUCACUUCCCUUCCAACCGCCCCCCCCCCAAUCCCUCUUUGCUGUGACCUCUUCUCUCCAGCCCUGCAGGCCUGAAAGGAGGUCACACGCGCACAUGCACGUUCACACCCGCACUCCACACGCCUCGCCCCCCAGACACCCGUGCGCACGGUCCUUUGUUCCUUUCCUCGGGCCACUUGCCCUGUCCCUUCCUCCCGGCCCGCCCCGAUUUGCUCCCCGGGAGUACGUGUCUGUUUCCCCGAGCCCUCCCCUUUCUGAUUUAUGAGGGCUCCUGGUUUGGCGCAGAUUCCUUUUGCUUCUCCUCCUCCUCCCCGUCCUCCCUGCGCGUCCUCCCCGCGCGUCCUCCCUUGCACCGUGGGAGUGCGUGCUCCUGCGGCUCUCUCGGCUCCUGUCUAAAGUGUCCUGCCCGGCCUGCCUCUGCUUUCGCUCUCCCGGGCCGAUUCUCCGGGCUGCAGCCUCCGCGGGCCCUCCGCGGCUCUCCCCUGCCUCGCUUCCCCGCGCCCCUGCGCGCUCCCCCCCGCGCCCCGCUCCGCGAUCGCCCGCCGCGCAGCCCGGCCCGGCCACCCGCCCGCCCGCCCGCCCGCGCCACCGUGCAGCGGAGUUUGGUGGAAUCUCUGCUGACGUCACGUCACUCCCCACUCGGAGCAGGAGCCCAGGGAAGAGAGAGAGAGAGGGAUGAGAGGGAGGGAGGAGAGAGAGAGUGCGAGACCGAGCGAGAAAGCUGGAGAGGAGCAGAAAGAAACUGCCAGCGCCGGCUAGAUUUUGCAAGGCCCCCCGCGCGCCCUCGGAUCCCCCUCGGAACCUGGCACCCUCGGGAGCCCCGCGGUCCUCUCCGGCCCGCUUUUCGGGCGUUUGCGGUGCAGCCCGAGCUCCGGCUCGCUGGAAGUCGCCCCGGGAGGCAGGGGGACGCGGAGACAGCAGCUCUCUCCCGGUAGCCGAUAUCGGGGGAUGGAGACCAACUGCCGCAAACUAGUGUCCGCAUGUGUGCAACUAGGCGUGCAGCCGGCGGCCGUUGAAUGCCUCUUCUCCAAAGACUCCGAAAUCAAAAAGGUCGAGUUCACGGACUCUGCCGAGAGCCGGAAAGAGGCGGCCAGCAGCAAGCUCUUCCCGCGGCAGCAUCCUGGCGCCAAUGAAAAGGACAAGAGCCAGCAGGGGAAGAAUGAGGACGUGGGCGCCGAGGACCCGUCCAAGAAGAAGCGGCAGCGGCGGCAGCGGACGCAUUUCACCAGCCAGCAGCUGCAGGAGCUGGAGGCCACUUUCCAGCGGAACCGCUACCCGGACAUGUCCACGCGCGAAGAAAUCGCCGUGUGGACCAACCUUACGGAAGCUCGAGUCCGGGUUUGGUUCAAGAAUCGCCGGGCCAAAUGGAGAAAGCGGGAGCGCAACCAGCAGGCCGAGCUGUGCAAGAAUGGCUUCGGGCCGCAGUUCAACGGGCUCAUGCAGCCCUACGACGACAUGUACCCCGGCUACUCCUACAACAACUGGGCCGCCAAGGGGCUCACGUCGGCCUCCCUGUCCACCAAGAGCUUCCCCUUCUUCAACUCCAUGAACGUCAACCCCCUGUCGUCGCAGAGCAUGUUCUCCCCUCCCAACUCCAUCUCGUCCAUGAGCAUGUCGUCCAGCAUGGUGCCCUCGGCGGUGACGGGCGUCCCGGGCUCCAGCCUCAACAGCCUGAAUAACUUGAACAACCUGAGCAGCCCGUCGCUGAAUUCCGCGGUGCCCACGCCCGCCUGUCCUUACGCGCCACCGACUCCUCCGUAUGUUUAUAGGGACACGUGUAACUCGAGCCUGGCCAGCCUGAGACUGAAAGCAAAGCAGCACUCCAGCUUCGGCUACGCCAGCGUGCAGAACCCGGCGUCCAACCUGAGUGCUUGCCAGUACGCCGUGGACAGGCCCGUGUGAGCCGUGCCCGCAGCGCGGGGACCCUGGGACCGUGCCGGAGGGGGACGCCUCCGCCCUUGAAAGACUGAGAAUUAUGCUAGAAGGUCGUGGGCACUAGAGAAAGGGAGAGAAAGAGAAGCUAGAGAGAGAGAGAGAAAAAAAAGGAAACCACUGAAUCAAAGAGCGAUCUCCUUUGAUUGCAAAGAGAUGUCCUCGGUGGCUGACAUCUUUCACUCAAGUAUUUCCAACAGUUGCAAGGACACACGUACACAAGCAAACGUUUGACUGGAUAUGACAUUUUAACAUUACUAGGAGCUUGUUAUUUUUUAAGUUUAGCAUUGUUAACAUUAAAAGGACAAAGGAUGUAUAUAUAUCGAAAUGUCAAAUUAAUUUUAUAAAAGCAGUUGUUAGUAAUAUCACGACAGUGUUUUUAAAGGUUAGGCUUUAAAAUAAAGCAUGUUAUACAGAAGCGAUUAGGAUUUUUCGCUUUCAAGCAAGGGAAUGUAUAUACUAAAUGCCACACUGUAUGUUUCUAACAUAUUAUUAUUAUUAAAAAAAUGUGUGAAUAUCCAGUUUUAGAAUAGUUUCUCUGGUGGAUGCAAAUGAUGUUUCUGAAACUGCUAUGUACAACCUACCCUGUGUAUAACAUUUCGUACAAUAUUAUUGUUUUACUUUUCAGCAAAUAUGAAAAAAAUGUGUUUUAUUUCAUGGGAGUAAAAUAUACUACAUACAAA